AUGGUGCUCUAUGAGGACCGCGGACCGAACGUAGCCGCGGCUGUCAUCACGAUGUUGUCGUUUCGUAUCACCGGGCUGACUUUGUCUCAUAGUAUUGGCGCCACGAAUGCAACCCUGGCACUGCCGGAGAACCAAAAGUACCAUGAGAUAGGACUAUUCUGGUUCUUCAUGUUUGAGGUUUUUUACUGCGUCAACAUCAUUCCUGUCAAGCUGUCCAUUAGUCUGGCCCUCAUUCGAAUCGCCGAGAACCGAAAAGGUUUUAUUUAUGUGCAAUACGGUGUCAUGACAAUGUUCACCAUUAUGAACAUGAUUGCGGGCUUCUACAUCAUCUUCCAAUGCAAUCCAGUCAGCGCGGCCUGGGAUACAGAUGCCAUACAGGAUGGGGCGAAGUGUAACCCCGCGGAGUACUUGGCGGACAUUUACUAUGCCACAACUGCGGUCAAUAUCUUUACAGACUGGGUCACUGCUUUCAUGCCUAUCCCGCUGCUCUGGAACGUUCAGCUGAACCGAAACACCAAGAUUUCUGUUAUUUGCGUGCUGGGCCUGGGCUUCUUUGCCUCCAUAUCGGCCUGUGUCCGGCUCAAAUAUACCGUCAACCUCACAGCCCAAGAGAACUACCUCUAUGCACUUGCUGAUAUUGUGAUUUGGGGUUAUGCCGAGAACGGCAUGGGACUGAUUGUAGGCUGCUUGAUGACACUGCGACCACUCCUUCGCGAGGUAUUGAGGUUGGGCGGCGACACUUCCCAUAAACAGAGCAAUGGCACAAGCGGUGCCGGCUACGGUUUCGGCACCAGGGGCACGCAGCGCCGCACCAACAAUGAGCCCGAUGACGACUACGAGCAGCCUAGCGACAGUAGGGGGCAUGUGUCCUCCUCAAACGGCUACGGAAACGGCAUAAUCUUGACAGAGAUCUCCGCGGGAGAACGCCAAGAAGACGACUACUCCAGCUUCGAGACGGAGAGUCAAAAGAAGAUACUGAUUACGGAUGACGAGGCACCUGGAGGCAUCAUGGUAACUCGACAUGUCAAGCUAUCCCGCAAUGAUUAG